GGGCCCGCGGGCCGGGGGUUAUUGCAGUGCGUGGGGAGGGCGGCCCGCGGCCUAGUCUGGAGUUAAGCGGCUUCUCCCGCCCCGGAGAGAGAGCCAAGAGCAGGCGGGACACGGGACGCCCUCCUAAGCUCCAGAGAGUUCCCUUCCUCGGAGACCAGCAGAAGAGUGGGCGAACAUGAAAUCCAAUCCUGCCAUCCAAGCCGCCAUCGACCUCACCGCGGGGGCCCUUGGGGGCACAGCAUGCGUCCUGACCGGGCAGCCCUUCGACACAAUGAAAGUGAAGAUGCAGACGUUCCCUGGCCUGUACAAGGGCCUCGCCGACUGUGGCCUGAAGACGUACUCCCAGGUGGGCUUGCGGGGCUUCUACAAAGGAACCGGGCCAGCGCUGAUGGCCUACGUCGCCGAGAACUCAGUCCUCUUCUUGUGCUACGGCUUCUGCCAACAAUUCGUGAGGAAAGUGGUUGGAUUGGACAAGCAGGCGAAGCUGAAUGAUCUGCAGACUGCGGCCGCCGGUUCCAUCGCCUCUGCGUUUGCCGCGCUGGCCCUGUGCCCCACUGAGCUCGUGAAGUGCCGGCUGCAGACCAUGCACGAACUGGAGAUGUCAGGGAGGAUAGCAAAAAGCCAUAAUACAGUUUGGUCCGUCGUGAAGAGUAUCCUUAGAAAGGAUGGCCCCUUGGGCUUCUACCACGGACUCACGAGCACUCUAUUUCAAGUAGUACCAGGCUAUUUCUUCUUCUUCAGUGGCUAUGAACUGAGCCGAUCGUUUUUUGCCUCGGAUAUCAAAGAUGAACUAGGCCCUGUCCCCUUGAUGUUAAGCGGUGGAAUUGCUGGAAUUUGCCUUUGGCUUGUCAUAUACCCAGUGGAUUGUAUCAAAUCCAGAAUUCAGGUUCUUUCCAUGUUUGGAAAACAGGCAGGAUUUAUCAGAACUCUUUUAAGUGUUGUGAAAAACGAAGGAGUAGCAGCUUUAUAUUCUGGUCUGAAAGCUAUGAUUCGAGCGUUCCCUGCCAAUGCGGCACUAUUUUUGGCUUAUGAAUACAGCAGGAAGAUGAUGAUGAGCCAGUUUGAAGCACACUGAAGUGUCUUGGUGAAUCUGGAUCCAAUUACAACGCCUUUGAGGACUAUAAUUUAACUCAGAGUUUCAUGAGCACUGGACCAGUGUGGUAUAUUUUUGACUUCAUGGGAACUUUGCUUUGUCUUCCCUGCUUAUAUGCUAAAUCUAACUUUAUGGAAGAACCUCUACUUUAUCUAU